UGUGGCUGGUGCCCAAAGCAUGCCAGGCCUGGUGAUGCAGGCACGCACCGACAGCCCCAGCUGAGCUGCGUCUUGGCCUGUCCCUGUCCACUGUCGCCGAAUGUCCCCACGGUGGAAGUGACGGGAGAAAGGCCAGCGUUUCGUCUGCGAAUCGUUGCUCACCCGCUCAUCUCGUGUCCGAAGUGUCUCCAGAUCCACGAUGCGCCGCUUUUGCGAACCACAUCUCUGACCGUUCCCGGCAAACAACUUGCUGAACCCGACCGCGGUGGCCCAGUGGUCUCACAGCUCUCAUACCGCAACCAGGAGCAGCGCCGGGCCUUUUUAGUGGCCUCUCUUCCCCAGGCCCAGACCACCGUGCCUCAAGAUCGCAGUCCCCCCGUAAGCCAGCCUCGACCUCGGCCACUGUGGAUUUGAACGACACGAGAAACACUCAUACGCCGGGCUGUCUGCAAACCUUCUGCAACAACAAACACCCCAUUGCUCCCUUCUGAUCGAGUGCCCGGGAACUGGUAGCGUCACUGAGUGACGUUUCCUGGCAGCGGUCAGACACAGCAUCUUUACUCUUUCCCAACGCGAACGGUCGACGAAGCGCCGGCCCACGAUUCAGAGUUUCCACGCCUACCACCUUUUCAAUACAUUUUUCGAGUAAACAGGCUUUGGGCACCUCGUCUAUUUUUCUUUCUUUUUGUUUCCUUUUUUGUCCAGUUCAGCUACGAUUUACGACUAGUUCCAUCCGAAUCCUAACCACCGAUUUUCCUUUUGCCUAUCCCAACAUUUCAGCACCACAACGAUUGCCCAUGCGAACACAAUAGGACACCGUUUACUUGCCCUCGAGAACCGCCGGAGGACUGGUUGUCUACUGGCGCAAUGGGGCUUAUAGGCGGUUUGUCUCCUGGCGGGAGCAUUGCUCUCGGCAUUAUAGUCGGCCUUCUAUCAACCAGUGUUCAGAGCUUGGGUCUCACACUCCAACGAAAAUCGCAUAUUCUCGAAGACGAAAAGGGCCCUUACGAUGUUAGACGCCCGCCCUACAGGAGGAGGAGGUGGCAGCUGGGGAUGGGAAUGUUUAUCAUUUCCAACGUGCUGGGGAGCUCUAUCCAAAUAUCAAUGCUCCCUCUGCCGGUAUUGUCGACAUUACAAGCUUCCGGACUGGUGUUCAACUCGAUUUGCGCCACCCUGAUACUCGGAGAACCGUUUACGAGGUGGUCAUUAUGGGGGACGUUAUUGGUCUGCAGCGGCGCCGUCUUGAUUGCCAUAUUUGGGGCGAUUCCCUCGCCGACACAUACGCUUACGGAGCUGCUGGAUCUGCUUGGGAGGCGGCCGUUUGUGAUUUGGAUGUCGUUCCAGGCGGUAAUAGUGAUUGCUAUUGCGGUGGCAACAGAAUUCGUCAGCCAUUUUACAACAUGGAUGCAGGACACACGGUUUCGUCUGGCAAGGGGUUUUGCGUAUGGAUGCAUAAGUGGCAUACUAUCUGCGCACUCGCUCCUGGUUGCCAAGUCAGCUGUGGAGCUCAUCAUCAGGACAAUUGUCGAUGGGGACAACCAGUUUGUACACUGGCAGUCGUGGAUGUUGGUUCUGGGUCUCGUCACGUUGGCCCUCAGCCAACUCUACUACCUUCAUCGGGGGCUUAAGCUGGUCUCGACGUCGGUGCUUUACCCCUUGAUUUUCUGCGUUUAUAACAUUAUCGCGAUUCUGGACGGCCUGAUUUAUUUCCGUCAGACAGACCUGAUAGGCCCGCUCCGCGCAUGUCUCAUCGCCCUUGGAACAGCUAUUUUACUAUCUGGCGUUCUCGCGCUGUCAUGGCGCCUCAGCGACGAGCAACAUACCCCUGGUGUCGGCCAGUCUUCACUCGCACCUGGUCUUGGCCUUGUGGAGGACACGGACGGCGAGGAAGAGGAGGAAGAGCUCCUGCUUCACUCUGCACUUGGUGAUGAGGAAGAAGCUCGGCCGCUACCGCCACCACAUUACAGCAGCUACCAAACCUUUAAGCCAACUCGUACUUCCUUGGAAACCCCUGCUGAACAACCGCCGGUAUCACCAUUGGUCAUGCCAACACGACAAAGGCCAACGGCACGCUCGAUGAGGACAGUCUCCAACCGCUGGACAGAACGAGCGGAGAUCUGGGACGAGCUCGAAGACAGAGAGUCACCAGAGCCCAUACCCCCUGUUUUGAACAGACGGCGGUCGACUACGCUGCCAGCUAGGGAGACAAUCGCUGCCCGUCAAGCGAUAAGGAGGGGUGUGACCGACUUUCCCAUUCUGGGCGAUGCACCAGCAGAUACGGAACCAUUAUUACCCUCGUCAGCCUCGCCAAGGAGGGACUUUAGGCGAAGAAGAAAGUCAACUGGCUUUCCGGGAUUUACCGCACGAAGAAACUCAUCCAGGAAGACCUCGGGCGGUGGAUUACAGGACGCGGUGGGGAACCUGUGGAAGAUGAGGUGGUGGAAAGGCAGCGGCAGUAGGUCUGCUAGUACCACGCCGAUUCUCCCGACGACGGAGGAUUCGGCGACUUGGGGCGGUGGGGCAGGAGAAUCGUAUAGAGAUACCCCUGUGGAAACAUAUAGAGAUGAGGAGAGUGUUUCGAGAGAUCCAAGAGCAGAGAGAAGUAGAUCUGAGUCUGGGGCAAGGAGGCUUGUGGGUGGUCAAGAUGAACCUCCACCACCGCCAAUGUAAAGGAAAGCAUUCAUGGCCGGCGUUGAUUAGGGGUUUUGGGUUGGGUUAGUUUUGCUUAAAUUCAGUUGUAUAUCCAAAAAUGCAUUAUCUUGAGUUGCAUCAUUCGAUGCGGGAUUAG